AUGAAUGAUAGUGUGUGUAAAACGUUCGCUCCUUUAAGGAACGUGAUUACCAAUUCGGACAAUGUUGUAAGCUAUCGAUUUACAGAUGAUGUAGAUUUCAAAAAUCACUGUACUAAUGGAAAUUGUGAUAAUGAUACCGAUAAAGUUAAUGCUAGAUGUUUAUAUAUUUUUGAUGAAUUCUUUAAGAAUAAGUCUGCGUUUGAAACGGAGGCAAAGGGAAACAUCUAUAUUGUUCAAUACAUUUUGAUAUGGUUAAGUUAUGUGUUAAGCCUGAUCGAAAGUAAUCAAGAUGACAAUAGAAAGCAUUUUUAUAAUACAUAUAUAAAUGCCGGUGGUAAGUAUACUAAUAAUAUAGAUUAUAUUGUUGGGUAUAAAGGUUAUAAGGAUCUUAUAGAUAGAAAUAAUUAUAUUUUAAGUAUGGAUAAGAACAUUAUAUCUAAAUUAUAUGAUGCAUUUAGUACAUUAUGUGACAUUUGUAUUGGGGUUAAUGGAGAAAACUCAAAUUGCGAUAAUAGUUUAGAAAAAGCUAAUCAAUUUGUUGAAACAUAUAAAAAAAUUAUCAUAGAUCAUAACAUUGGUGAAAAUAUCCGCUAUUUUUAUGUAUUGAUUAAUUUAUUAACUGAUUAUGACAAUUUAAAAAAAAAUUGUGAUAUUUUCCCACCCAUUCCAGAUAUAACAAAAAUAAUUUCUGAACAACAUGUUUGUGAAGUUGCAUCAUCAAGUUCGUCGAUAGCAAGCAAAUUAAUUCCAAUUUUAUCGAUAUUAGUUGCAAUACCAAUUUUCUUGGGAAUUGCUUAUAAGUAUUCGUUAUUUGGAUUUCGGAAACGAGGUCAAAAACAACAUUUAAGAGAAAAUCUAAAAAAAUAA